AUGGAUGAGAUGAUAGAUGACAUUCGGGCCGGAUCAUUUAUGAAGUCUGCACGUGGGGAAGAAGGUACUAGUGAGAGACCCAUCGUACGUGAAGGGCCCUCCAUGGAUUUUGACCAAUUGUUAGAGGAUGCUCGACGCCUACUUUAUCCAAGUUGUGCAAAGUUUUCUAAGCUGUCAUUUAUAGUUAAGUUGCUUCAUAUCAAAACAAUUGGUGGGUGGACUAUCAAAUCAUUUAAUAUGGUUUUACAAUUGCUAAAAGCUGCAUUUCCAGAUAUUCAGUUGCCUAACUCAUAUCACGAGGCCCGACACUUAGAGCGUGGCCUGGGUUUUAGUUAUGUCAAGAUACACGCAUGUCCAAAUGACUGCAUGUUAUUUUGGAAAGAGGAUGCCAAGAAAGAAGAGUGUUCUAAAUGCAAUGAGUCGAGGUGGAUGUCGACCGCAGGGAGAAAAGGAAGGAUUCCUCAAAAAGUAUUACGAUACUUUCCUUUGACACCGAGGUUGCAAAGGUUAUUUAUGUCAAAGGACACUGCAAAAUCCAUGAAAUGGCAUAGAGAAGAACGUGUUGAUGACCAUAACACUUUAAGGCAUCCUGCUGAUUCUAAGAUGUGGAGAGAAUUUGAUAGAGACCAAAGUUGGUUUGCAAAAGAUGCUCGCAAUGUUAGAUUGGGCCUAGCCAGUGAUGGUUUUAACCCUUUCAAUAAUAUGAGUAAACUUUAUAGCAUAUGGCCAGUAAUACUCGUGCCAUACAACUUGCCCCCUUGGUUGUGCAUGAAAGAUCCGUACUUAAUGUUAUCUCUGCUCAUUCCUGGCCCUAAAGCUCCAGGGAACGACAUCGACAUUUAUUUGCAACCUUUAGUUCAUGAAUUAAAGCAAUUAUGGGUUGACGGUGUAGAGACAUAUGAUGCCUCUAAGUCAGAAAGAUUCCGCUUACAUGUUGCACUAUUAUCGACUAUUAAUGAUUUUCCUGCAUAUGCUAAUCUUUCAGGGUGGAGCACCAAGGGAAAAUUGGCUUGUCCAUUAUGCAAUCUUGAUACAAAUUCCAUGUGGUUAUGUCAUGGGAGAAAACAUUGUUAUAUGGGCCAUCGUCGAUUCUUGCCAUCCGCACACACUUGGAGAAAGAAAAAAGCCGCUUUUAAUGGAAAUGAGGAUCAUUGGUUGCCACCUACUGAACUCAUGGGACAUGAUGUACUCCAGCAACUAGAGGAAGUUGCUACUGUCCAGUUUGGCAAAGGUUCUCGGAAGAGAAAACGCAGACCAAAUGAAUUGAAUUGGACAAAACAAAGUAUAUUCUUCCAGCUACCUUACUGGUCAACGUUGUCUUUACGACAUAAUCUCGAUGUGAUGCACAUAGAAAAAAACAUAUGCGACAACGUCCUAGGUACGUUGAUGAAUAUUGAAGGGAAAAAUAAAGACACUGCAAAUGCAUGCAGGGACUUGAUGGAGCUUGGAUUAAGGAAGGAAUUACAUUUACAGCUUGUUGGCAGUGGAUAUUCCAUGGUGCUUGGUUCAUACACGUUGGAUUUAGAUCAGAGGAGAUGUUUUUGUAAGUGGCUUGCAGAUGUGAAAUUUCCAGAUAGUUUUGCCUCAAAUAUUUCGAGAUGUGUUUCAGUCAAUGAUGGAAAGAUAAUGGGAAUGAAAAGUCUUGACUAUCAUGUUUUUAUGCAAAGAUUACUUCCAGUUGCAAUUGGUGGAUUUUUGCGAUCAGAUAUACGCCUUGCAUUGACGGAGUUGAGUUCCUUUUUCAAGGCUUUGUGCGCACGAACAUUGACAUUAGAUGUAUUGAAGCAAUUACAAUCCGACAUUGCAAGCAUCCUAUGCAAGGUUGAGAUGAUUUUUCCACCUGCCUUUUUUGAUAUAAUGGUACACCUCGCCAUUCAUCUACCCCGUGAGGCAUUUUUGGGAGGUUCAGUACAAUAUAGGUGGAUGUAUCCUUUUGAAAGAUAUUUGGGAAAAUUCAAGCACUACGUCAUAAAUAAGGCUCAUCCAGAAGGCUCAAUUGCUGAAGCUUAUGUUCAUGUUGAAUGCUUGACUUUUUGCUCCUUGUACAUCCAUGAUGUUGAAACUAGACAUAAUCAAGUGGAACGAAACAGGGAUAUUGAUGAAGAUCCUCAGUUUUCAGGGUUGUCUGUGUUCUCACAAAAGGUUCAACAAUUGCGUUCAGAAAAUGAGGAUGAGGUCACUGACGAUAUAUAUGCACUUGCUUGUGGACCCGACCCAUGGGUUGCUUCAUAUGAUGCUUGCAUCAUGAAUGGCAUAAGGUUCCACACAGAGAACCUGGGAAAAUAUCGCCGAACCCAAAAUAGUGGCCUCGUUGUUAACGGUGAACACCGUUCAAAACUUGUUGAUUUCUAUGGUGUUUUAAUUGACAUAUUACAAUUACGCUACAUGGGAUGGCGUCAUGUAUAUUUGUUCAAAUGUGAGUGGUUUGAUAUCGGCGAUGGGAAAAGAGGAAUACGAGUUGGCGACCAUCUAACUAGUGUCAACACUUCUCGUAAAUGGUAUAAAGAUGAGCCAUUCGCCCUAGCCUGUCAAGCCUCUCAAGUGUUUUAUCUUAAAGAUACUAGUUUGGGGGGUAAUUGGUUCGUUGUGCAGAAGGUGACCAAUAGGAAUAUGUAUGAUGUUCCAACCGGUCCAGUGGUGAAUGAUGAGGAUAAUGAUGACGGUUUUAUUCGAAAAUGA